AUGCCGCAACCAAGGACCGUGCUGGAUAAGGACAAGGUGGGGGAGCACGAGUCAGUGGGGCUGGUCGGUGGCUCUCCAUCUUCUGGUGGACGGGGGAGGCGUAGGCAGAGGAAGAGCGAUGGGGAGGACGAUUAUGAAACCGCCGUGCCCGGGGACCUCAUUACGCGGGCGAAGAGGCGGCAGACGACAGGUAGUGCUGACGACGCCGGAGGCGCGGCAGUUGGGACACCGCGAGGCGCCAAGGAAGCUAGUGGCAAGGCGGGCGGUCAAGCAUUGCGCCAGAAGGGCCGACCCGUAGCAAGAAAAGCAUCCGGCGGAAGGAGAGGCAAUAAAGCAGCGACGGGAACAAAGCCAAAACGGGGCGAUGAAGACCCCGGUGAUGCGGAGGAGGAGGAGGAUGAGGAGGAGGAUGCGGAGGGAGAGGAGGAUGAAGAGGAAGCGGAGGAGGAUGACGCGGAUGAGGAGGAGGAGGAGGAGGAGGAGGAGGAGGAGGAGGAGGAGGAGGAGGAGGAUGAGGAGGAGGAGGUGGAGGAGGAGGAGGAGGAGGAGGAGGAGGAGGAGGAGGAGGAGGAGGAGGAGGCAGAGGAGGAGGAGGAGGAGGAGGAGGAGGAGGAGGAGGAGGAGGAGGAGGAGGAGGAGGAGGAGGAGGAGGCAGAGGAGGAGGAGGAGGAGGAGGAGGAGGAGGAGGAGGAGGAGGAGGAGGAGGAGGAGCAGGGUGACGACGAGGAGGAUGUGGAGGAGGAGGAGGAGGAGGAGGCAGCGGAGGAGGAGGAGGAGGAGGAGGAGGAGGAGGAGGAGGAGGAGGAGGAGGAGGAGGAGGAGGAGGAUGUGGCGCCAGUGAAGGGACGGGGCGGGCGUGGCAGAUGGCACGAGCAUUUUGUUACACGGGAGGAGUUCCAGGCGCUGCGAUCUGAGAUGUACGCCAUGUUUGCACAGCUCGGCCUGCGUCGUGGAGUACCUGCCAGCUAUGCCGGCGGGUCGGCAGCCCUGCCUAUGGCUGGUACCCCGCCGCUGAUGAGCGCCGUGGACAAGGCACGAGUGCUAGUGUUGCAGGAGACAAACCCAUUCCCGGUAUGUGGCGGGCCACAUGGGGAGGGUUGGGGUUGA